CUAAAUUCACUACCCUAACGAAGUCCUCGAGGAGGAUGGCUUCACCUUUCUCGCUGUCCUCUUGAACACAUCCGGUACAUCUAUACAUCUACCCACCCGGUGCUCAGGCUCUAGACCAAGCUUUACGACAAGCUUCGACGACGUAAUGGAUGCACCCCCAUACUCUCCAACCGCUACUUCGAGCGAGCGACGGCUACCCGAUAGCUAUCGGGUUGCGCAAAGAAGAGACGACGAGGAAGACCCACUAGAAAGUCUUUUGAGAAGGGCGAGGAAGAGCGAAGCGAAAACACCCACGAGUCCUCGAUCACCACAUCAUAGACACUCAUCGCAGGCCUCCACAUCCUCGGGCGCUAACGCGCUCCAACCUAUAUCUACCGCCCCCGCUACGACCGGCGUCCCUCCUUUCCACGACCCGUUCGCGUCCCCCUUCGAACUCCCUCCCGAAUAUGCGCCCGUCGACGAGCUGGCGCGAAGCUUCCGGCUCGAGGCGCCCUUUGUAUACACAACCAAGACAAGCACUCUGCCACGAUACCAACUGCAGCAGGAGUUUUCGCGGAGCGGCCGGCCGCGGAAACUCAGCAUCAGGCGCUUGAUGCCGAACGAAUCGCGUGCGCAUUCAUUGCCCUCCUCGAACCUCGCACCCUUCUUCGGGCCGCAAAUCCGAUACGACGAAGACGCGACGAUGUACUCGAUGACCAGCUACGUUUUCGAAAUGCGGGGUCACCGCUCCAGCACCCUCGGCGGACGCAUAAAGAUAGAAUCGGGGAUAGGCCUGUUGGGCGGGAAAUGGACGAAGGUAUGGCAUGUUACGAAGAACGCGCAGAAGGAUAGCCUGAACCCGGAGAACGAGGCGCGCAUGCAGAAGUAUGGAUACCACGCCAACGAAGAGUGGGAUAGGCGGUUGCUGUUCUGCGUGAGGAAGGGGAUUUGGGAGGACGGCGAGGGCAGGGAGGUCGCGAGAGAGGCGCGGCCCGGAGAGUUUGAGGUUUGUGAGGCGGUAGGGCGAGAGGGGUGGAGGAGGGAUCUAGCGGUAAGCUGUUGGGUCAUGAAGGUUUGGAUGGGGGAGGGGUUGAGGUGGGAGAACGACGUGAAGGGCUGGUGACAGCGGAGCGCAUGCCAUGAUCGAGCGCCCUCUUGUCAUAAGAGGCCAAUAAUGG